UCUUGACUACUUGUCCGGGCUCUUUCUUCACUGUUAGCUAUGGCCUCCACCUCAUCUAGCAUUGUGUUCGACGAUAUUUUCACGAUUGAUGCCAUUGACAAGGAUGGCAAAAAAUUCGAUCGAGUAUCUCGGUUAUACGCUCGUUCAAAGAACUAUGACAUGGACUUGACGCUUGACUAUAACAUCGAGCUCUUCCCUAUAUCAAACGGGGACACUUUCGCGAUGGCCCUCGCUUCGUCACUGUCCCGGGACGGUGGUGCACCCACCGCAGAUGGGGAAGAAGACAAAGACAGAGAUGUAUGGAGACCAGAUGGCAAAGGAAGGAGAGGCCUGGAAGAAGAUUAUGACUACGUAAUGUAUGGGAAGGUAUAUAAGUUUGAUACUGGAUCAUCUGACGUUGUCACGGCCUACGCGUCAUUCGGUGGACUGCUGCUCUCGAUAACCGGUUCAUAUCGACACUUGACUAAUGUCGUUCUUGGCGAUCCAGUCUAUGUGCUACUUAGGAAAUAAUCGUCGUUCUGCAAAGUACCCAUUGUGAUGUACAAAUUCAACCAUUCGAUGAACUACAUGGUUGCGUGGUGCAGUCGAGCACCUGCAUGGAGAGGAAACCAUCCUGGUCGAAGUCACUGCUUCAGCUUUGAAAGAGCGUGCUCGCAAUUU